AUGAAGAGCAAGAGAGAUCGAUCUGGUUCAACUAUCUGUGAAAGUAGUAUAUCAAUUAUCGUAGAGUGGCAACAAAGUGAUGAUUGGCACCCACCACCAUUGCAUAUCAACCUUUCCCAUACUUCUUCUUUGAUAGCCUGUGGGGUUACUAUGGAUUCUCAAAUUGGUAUUGAUGUGGAAGAAAAGCAGCGGACAAUAAGGAGUGAUAUCUUGUCUUUUGCUAGGCGGUACUUUUCACACCAUGAAAUGGAUUUCUUAGCUGCUAUUUCAGACCCUGAAGUUCAGCGCCAGGAGUUCAUAAAGUUAUGGACACUAAAGGUUAGCUAUGUUUCUUUAAUAGUUAGUUUUAGGUGUACUGUUGGCAAUAUAGAAUAA